ACCAAUAGGUCAAUCGUGUAAUAAGCGCCAGCUCGUGACCAACCGUUGUGGAUCAUUUGCGUACGACUUCAAAUAUCCCGCGCCUCGAAUUUGUCCCUUUCCUUAACGAAUUCGUGUUUGUUGUGCAGUCUAUCCUCUCUCCGCAUGACUUCUCUCCUUCUUCUAUUUGACUCUAAUCUUGAGGAGGGUGGCGGUUGCGCUGUCUACCUGGUGCUGCUGAUCGUCUUCCAGUUAAUAGAAGCAGGCGAUGGAAGCCCUGCACUGCGAAGAUGUAUUUUUUUUAACUCUAGUGAGUAUUUAUGAAGCAGCUGUGGGAGCCAGCGACUUCGGUGAUAUUGAGAUUCGUGGCAGAAUAGAAAAUCUCGAGUGAAGUUUGUGACAGACAAACUUCGCGUCGUUAUUUUUUCAUUUGCUCUCGCUGUUCCAUCUUCUGGGGUAGCCGAGUGCCAAUAAGAGAUUGACGGCUGAGUAGCGAAUCUAAUUGGAGGAAGUCACCGUGGAUGUUAUUGUUUCUACUAGUGUUCGAUCAGGCGUUGAUUUCAUGUGCGAGACUAUGUCUAUGGCUAGCAGCUGUACUGAGACAUACAUAUAUACCAAAUAUGCGCUGAUAUGAUUGUGUUUAGACGAACGGAAAAGUAUGGUUAUGAAGACAGGACCAAGUGAAGACGGGUUCGAAGUCUACACGCAAUAAUUUGCAUUAUAUUGUUUCAGAAGCUCGUUUUAUAGACUGUCGGGAAUAUCACGUCCUCCAAUCCCGAGCUCCAAUCCAUUCCUCAUCAACAACUUCAGCCAUAUGUCGCUCUCACAAUCCCCCAAAUUGAGAACUCACUCGUAUUAACAAACGAACCGUUGCCUAAGGACAAACAGCGGUCCACUUCGACGCCUUACAAUGGCGUCAUCGAUUACAAGGAUACAGACGUCAACAUACGGGAAAUUCGAAGACUUCCAGUAUAAAUAUGUUCUAUCGAUUUGUGCAGCAUCCAUCGCCGAGACAGUUACGUACCCACUAGAUAUCGUAAAAACUCGCUUACAGAUCCAAGGGGAGGAUUUGGCCCGUGGGGUCAGUACUGCUAAACCCAAAGGAUUCUUCAGCCUUGCAGUAGGAAUUGUUCGUAAUGAGGGCGUUUUUAAACUUUGGCGCGGUAUUCCUCCAGCCAUUUACCGGCAUUUUGUAUACAGCGGAUGUCGAAUGACAAUUUAUGAGGGCGUGCGUGAUGUCUACUUGUCUGAUUCUGACCAGCCAAAUCACGUGCUAAAAAGCCUCUGUGUGGGCGUGUUCGCUGGAGCGCUAGGUCAAUUUUUGGCUAGCCCCGUCGAUCUGGUUAAGGUGCGCAUGCAGAUGGAAGGUCGUCGGCUCCUGCAGGGUCUUCCCCCUCGAGUGACGAAUACGUCGCAAGCUCUACGGAACAUCCUACGCGAAGGUGGCAUUUCCGGUCUGUGGAAAGGCUGGGCGCCUAACGUGUACAGGGCUGCCCUUGUCAAUCUUGGGGACUUGACAACAUAUGACCGUGCUAAACGGCUAAUCCUCGCCAACACAAACCUUGAAGAUAAUUACAUAAGUCACUCGUUAGCUUCGGGGUGUUCGGGCUUUAUUGCUGCUAUCCUUGGUACCCCGGCCGACGUCAUCCGGACUCGUGUCAUGAACCAGCCGACGGAUGGCAAGGGAUAUGGCACACUGUACAAGUCUUCGACAGACUGCCUCGUGAAGACGUUCAAAACGGAAGGCUUUUUCGCACUGUACAAAGGCUUUAUUCCUAUCUGGGCUCGAAUGGCUCCUUGGUCAUUCACAUUCUGGGUCUCUUAUGAAGAGCUGAGACGACUAGCCGGAGUUAAAAGUUUCUAGGCGUAGAGGAAAUUAUGAAUGAAGAACGAAAAGAAGCAAUAUCCAGCUAUAGGGUAACACAAAAUAAAAUCAGGUGGCCAGUGUUGUGUCUUGUCGGUCGAAUGAUGGAAACAGGCUCAAACUUCUUGUGAUUUUUUCGAUGACUUCUUUGCGCAUCCGUCAGUUACUGUGGUUAAGAUAUGUUUUUUCAUUGAAGAGCACAUCCCAUUAAUAUGGCCGCUGUUGAUGGCUAUCGAGAAAAGCCAAAACAUCUUGUUUCGAAUAAAUCACACACGCGUCAAGAAGCAGCGCAGAAGAAAAGCAAUGCAUUAAUUAUGGUUGUCGAGUUGUGCAUGUAGAAUGUGUCAAAGUACAUAAGAAUUGGCAUUAUGCCAUUUAUCAUUAAUAGCAAAGCGUGCAAUAAACGAUUUUACCCUCAUUUAUAAAUUUGUUUGUUUAACAUAUUACCAACAGCGAGACGUAACUUGAACAAACUUCACCACAGAGUCUGUGAUGAACAAGCUGCAGCGUGUGGGCAGGAACACAUGGCCGAACGUUUGAGCAAAUUAAAAGCAAGUUAAAGGAAACAAUUGAAAUUACGAUAAAAAACAUUU